AUGAAGUCGGAGAUCAAUCCGUUUUUUAACAUAAUUUCUUAUACCGAACUAGGCAUGCGUCAAAGAAGCACUGAUCUGACUACAACCGCAUGGUAUGGGAUGUUUGGGGCUCCAGUCAGGACAAUACCGUCAUGCUGCUCUAUCGUCGAGUCUGGCACCUGA